GACAAAUCAGAGGAGGCACAUUAUUUGACCGAUUACACGUCGGCUGGAAGGAAAAUGGAUGCGCUUAUUCUGGAACCGUCCUUGUACACAGUGAAGGCUGUUCUUAUAUUGGACAACGAUGGAGAGAGACUGUAUGCAAAGUACUAUGACGAGACAUACCCAACAGUAAAAGAGCAGAAAGCGUUUGAGAAGAACAUCUUCAACAAGACGCACCGCACAGACAGUGAAAUUGCUCUGCUGGAGGGUCUUACAGUCGUCUACAAGAGCAAUAUCGAUCUCUACUUCUAUGUGAUCGGAAGUUCACAUGAGAAUGAGCUGAUGCUGAUGUCCGUUCUAAACUGCCUGUUUGAUUCCCUGAGCCAGAUGUUGAGGAAGAACGUUGAGAAGCGGGCCCUGCUGGAGAACAUGGAGGGCCUGUUCCUGGCUGUGGACGAGAUAGUGGAUGGGGGUGUGAUCCUGGAGAGUGAUCCCCAGCAGGUGGUUCACCGUGUUGCACUGAGGGGUGAUGACGUGCCUUUGACAGAACAGACCGUCACCCAGGUUCUUCAGUCGGCGAAAGAGCAGAUAAAGUGGUCCCUGCUGCGGUAGAUCGGUACCUAAAAACCUCAAGGGGCAACUUAAUUCAACACCCCUCCAUAUCAUGUGAUUGGCCAUUCCUCCCUCUCUCUCAGAAUUCCUCCAGUCACUGCACUGAAUCACCUGAUUGCUCCACCAAUCAGUUUCCUACAGCGACCCCACUGGGGUUUGUUUUAUUUUUUUCCCUUCUCUGUUCCUUCGCAGUCCAUUCCUACUGGCAGAGAUGAUAUGAGCGCAGAUUCUCGCUGUGCGGUUAUCUGUGAAACGCUACCUGAACCAUUGUGCUGUAAAAAAAAAAAAAAAAAAAUUCUUGCAUGUUGAAUUAUUACUUGACCACUGUCUCCAGCAGUAGUGGAUUUCACAGAUUUGUGAGGGAAUGUUCCAGAACAGUUCAGCAAGAAACCUACAGCCUCAAAGCAUUUGUUGUAUUAAAAUGUGCUUUUGCAGGCUGCUGUCUUUGUGAUGAUCUCCAGCCCCAUUCAGUGUUUGUAGAGUGGGUCUCAACCGUGUUGUUUGCAAUUCAUGUUUACCUUCUACCGUUUCUGUGUAACCUAUUUCAAGCAAUUGUGAUUCUAAAUAAUGGCAGUCCAGUCCGCAUUGGUAAGGACUACAGCAGUCCAGAACCUGGGUCUAGAUGUUUGUCUUCGGCUGACAUACCUGUCUACCCCUGCACGGGGGUUGGCCUCACUCUUCACCUGUGCUGUGUGAAAACUCUGAGGAAGUCGUUUUACCAAAAUGACACAUCACCUCAGCAUUAGGCCAAGAUACACUUCCUGUGCCUUUUGUGGAAACAAGUAGCACUCAAAACUCACUCCUGUCGAAUAGAGGUCCACUCAUCACUAACCUUGUAGAAACGUGGUGGGGAAAAUGAAGCAUCAUACUUUAGCCGCAGUGUGACUGCAUGAGCAAGCAGCUCAGCUGUGCUGUGGCUACCUCCCAGCCAAUCGCCAGUCAGACUCACCAUGACAGUUGCCAGUAAAUCCUAAUCUAGGACCAUAUACCACAACCACAGUUCUGACCUUGGUCAUAAUAAUCUGUGUCGCAAAACUGGUCCUAGGUCAGCACUUGCUGGCGUGCAGCAGCCCUCAGUCUGUGUGGAUUAGACAGAUGGCUGGCUAAACUCUGCUCUUUCACCCCAACAGUUCACUUGCAACCCAGUGCAACUGAACUGCUCCUUCUGCAAUGCUCCUGGUCAGCACACUGAUAAACAGAUAUGCUGUUCACUGCAUCACCAAAUCUGUGAAAGUUAUAUUAGGAUAUUAAUAAAACGUGU